AUGGGCAAGAAAGCUGAGCCGGCCGCCGAGUCUAAACUUGACGAAUAUGGCGUCAAGACAGAAGAACACGCCGGUAUGAGCCUGCCAAUUGAGCCCUACGGGCCGUCCGCUCACUCGUCAGGUUUCCGUGGGCUGUUCUCCUCGCCUUACGUUGCGAUGUGUGCCGCUUUCUCGGCCAUCGGCGGACUUCUCUUUGGCUAUGACCAAGGCGUCAUCAGUGUCACCCUGGUGAUGGAACACUUUCUCGAUCGAUUCCCCGAAGUCUCCGACAAUGCACCCGGUGCAGGUUUCAAAAAAGGUCUCAUGACGGCUAUGAUAACACUGGGCGCAUUCAUCGGAGCUAUAAACCAGGGAUGGAUUGCGGAUUGGAUUUCCAGGAAACGAUCGCUCAUGGUUGCUGUGGUGGUGUUCGUAAUCGGCUCUGCCCUUCAGACCGCUGCUGUCAGUUACGCCAUGCUUGUCGUUGGCCGAUUUAUUGGCGGUAUCGGCAUUGGACAGCUUUCGAUGGUGGUGCCGCUUUAUAUUUCGGAGAUUUCGCCCCCAGAGAUCCGUGGCUCGUUGCUUGUGUUCGAAGAGCUGUCCAUCGUGUUCGGGAUUGUCGUGGCUUUCUGGAUCACGUAUGGCACCAAAGACAUGCCUAGUAACUGGUCCUGGCAGCUCCCUUUUCUCCUGCAAAUUCUUCCCGGUUUACUGCUCGGAUUCGGCGCUGUGUUUCUCCCUUAUUCUCCUCGGUGGCUCGCUUCCAAGGAUCGUGAGGAAGAAGCUUUAUCCAACCUAGCCAAGCUGCGAGGGUUACCCGAAACUGACAGCCGCGUCCAACGUGAGUGGAUGGACAUCAUUGCUGAAGCUAGAUUCCAGGCCAGCGUUCUGCGAGAGCGUCACCCUCAGCUUACAUCCAGGACUGAUGCUACCGCGAGAAUCAAGCUGGAGUUUGUUAGCUGGACAGAUUGUCUGAAGCCUGGCUGUUGGCGACGUACGCUCGUCGGAGCAGGGAUCAUGUUCUUUCAGCAAUUCGUGGGCAUCAAUGCGCUGAUUUACUAUUCACCCACUCUCUUCGGUACGAUGGGUCUCGAUUACAACAUGCAGCUCAUCAUGUCCGGCGUACUUAAUGUUACGCAGUUGGUGGGUGUGUUCAGCAGUCUCUGGACACUCGAUCGAUUCGGACGCAGGUCUAUUUUGCUCAUCGGCAGUUUCCUAAUGUUUGUCCCGCACUUGAUUAUUGCCAUUCUUGUAGGAAAGUAUUCCAAAGAUUGGCCCAAUCAUACUGCAGAGGGAUGGACGAGCGUCGCCUUCUUGCUCUUUUACAUGCUUGCCUUUGGUGCUUCAUGGGGCCCUGUUCCUUGGGCGAUGCCUGCCGAGGUCUUCCCUUCAAGCUUGCGAGCGAAAGGUGUUGCGAUUUCUACAUGCUCAAACUGGAUCAACAACUUCAUCAUUGGGCUCAUUACGCCUCCUCUGGUUCAGCAGACAGGUUUCGGUGCCUAUGUGUUCUUUGCCGUGUUCUGUCUACUCUCCUUCGUCUGGGUUUGGUUUUGCGUCCCAGAGACUAAUGGAAAGACUUUGGAGCAAAUGGAUGAAGUCUUCAACGACCGAAGCGGCGUGGAUGAUACAGCGAAGAAGGAUCGUAUUCUGCGGGAGGUAUAUGAUGCAAGACUUGGGCACCAUGGGGCAUGA